AAUUAAGUAAAAUCCAGAGGAUCACCGAAAUUUUAGUUAGAAAAUUUGACCUUUCAUUUUCAAUGAAGAAUCACGUUGUAUAACUUUCAUCAAAUUAAAAGAUGACAGAAGAACAAGUUGCAGAAGCUCGUACUAGCAAGCUCGAAGAGCUGCUCAUGCAAGAUGAGCCCGAGUUUGUAAAGAACAAAGAUGUGUGCCAAUCAAGGUGUUUUAUUAAAGGACUGGGAACAAUGUUUGUAGUUGCUACAGCUGUUGGAGUUCGUCAGAAUAUUAAAGAAUUGACAACAAGAAAAAGACUAAAAAAGUAUUACAUUUUACCUUUAAGUAUAGCCGGCUUGGCAGCAUUGGCAGUUACUCAAUACGAGUACAAUAAGUGUAAAGAAAAAUUCUUCAAGGAUUGGUAUGAAUACCACAAAGCACGCAACUUUACAAGAUUUCCAGAGGGUACAGACACAGCUGUAUAGCAGGACAUGAAACAAUGGCUGAUGUGUGUCUUGUAACUUGAAGGAUGAAAGAAGGAAUAUCUGAAUGUGAUACAUAAAGAUUGUUAUGUGGCAAUCUUCAACAUGGAUAAAUACAUAUUCAUCCUCUUUUUCUUGUUGAAAGAUCUUUUGAUUUGCUGAAUUUGUAUGCCACAAACAUGUUAUUUGAACUUUUAUUUUAUUUUUGACUAUAGUUGUCAUAAAAUGACAGUGACUUAUGAUUUUUGAUACAUGUUAUAAUCAUAAUAAUGUUAUAAAAGAGUAUGCAACAUCCCAGUAGUUGUUUAUAAGGAAUUUGUGUAUUUCAUCUUUGAAAAUAAGAAACAAAUCUAAAGAUUAAACUUGUACAUGUAUUGCAUAAUUUUAAUUCCAAUUUCACAGCACUAAACAGUAUUUAGAAUUUGACCUUAAUUUUAACAGAUGUUCAAAAUUAUUAAGAAGUUAGUAGCUUUUCAUAAUUGGGUUUUUCUAAAGGAAUAACCCUAAAAAACAGUCUAUAAUGGUUUACUUUUAUAAAUUUUGACUUGGAUGGAGAGUUGUCUCAUUGGCACUCAUGCCACAUCUUCUUAUAUCUAUAUUCAUUCUAGAAGGUUACUGUAAAAGUCCUUAAAAAGAAAAACAACAGUUUUCAUGGUUCAAAUCAAUAUCUAUUAAAUCAUUUGUUUUUAAUUUGACAAAGAAAUCAGAAUGAUGUGUGUAUUUCACUGCAUAGUUUAUCUUCUAGUAUGUACAUAGAAAUUUCCUUCUAAUUAAAGUACAGAUGAAAUUUUUGAAUUGUGGUUUAAAUUUGUAAGAACUUUUUAUUUAUUUAUAUUAAAAUAGUCAUAAAAAUCAUUAAAUUUCCUAAUGUAAUGUGUUAUAAUUCAUAGUAGUCUUAAGAUUUUGUUGGCCUUUUAAACUAUGAAUUUAAUUACCGAAUGAAAGCAUAUAUUUUAUACCAAUUUAUUACUGAAACCUCAAAAACUAAACAAAAAUCAAUUAACCAUGAAUAAAAGUACAUUAGUUAAACAGUAUUUUUGACCAAAAUCUCUUCAUUCUGUUGAUCUGUCAUUUAAGUCUUUUCUUCAUUUAUUUGAAGGUCAUGAAAAUUGACCUCCUGAUCAUUAACUUCCAUCAUAUUUUGUCAUACUGUGUUUUUUAAGCUGUGAAGCAUGUCUAUGUCACAUCAUGUAGAUAAUUAUAUCAGAAUGAUAAACUUGUAUUAUUGUGAUAUGUAAAAUAAAGGUCUUAACUUAAA